AUGAUCCAGCAUCGAUGAAGUCCAGGACGAGAGAUCGUCAAGACCAGCCAAAUCAUCGGCGGUCAACACUGGUAGUGGCACACACUGGGGAUCUCCAUGGGCUGUUUGUAAUAGAAAAAAGAAAAGAAAUCAGUAUCAAUCCCAUCAUGAUCAUUACACUCUAUAGAAUAUAUACAUACUUUUUUUUUUCAUUUAAUUUCCUACCGUGUUGUAUAGUCCCAUCCGGUUGCACUGUGACGGUCUCUGUAGGCGACGCCGACACAUGCACCUCCACGUCCCCGAUCACUUGGUGUUUGGAAUCAGACCAUACAGCUCCAUGUUGCGCGAUUUGCGGGUUUAUGACUGCCUGGAUAACCUGGUUAAAAUUCUCCGGAGCUAAACCACUAUGUGCGGCGUCCUUGCGAGCCUUUUUAUAAGGAAUUUGUAGCUGUUCCUAUGGCCAGCGGUGAGCAGGGUAUAGCCCCGCCUAUUCCCGCCGGCUUUUUCAAAUUCUUCUUGGAUAGUCGACUUGGCCCGGGGGUUCGCUGAUUGACAUUGGCUGCGAUAGGUACUAAACGUGGAUCAAAAAGCAAAAUACAAAAGUAUUCAGGGGUUAGGUUUGGUUGUUUUAGAUGUUAAAUUAAUAGAUAAUUUAUUUUGGUAAUACACCUAUAGAUAUACUAAUGGCGGACGUAUUAACAACUUACCAAAACUACCGCUUGUCAACACAUUAGUCUGGUCGGCUAGAAUCGGUCUUUGAAUGUUGAGCCGAAUAUCAUGCAAACCUGUUACACAUUGGGAAAACACAAAUUUAAUAGUUGUUCUACAUGUAUAUACCAUAACAACUAGUAAUAAUAAUGAUAGAGAGAGUGUUAUGGAACUAUAUAUAUUACACACUACUAUAAAAACAAACAAACAUACUUCCACGUGGACCCAGCUGCUGUUUCACGCUCUCACCGCCGGCACCGCGAAUCGCUGUGAAGUAAUCGCUGCUUCGGUCAGAUAUAAACAGCUGAUUCACAUAGCCAUAGUCAUAAUAUAAUCAUAAUACACACAUGUGAAUACUUACAGUCAGUCGGCAUAGUAGUGCAGGACGGAUCAAUGUUUUUUUCUUCCAACUGCUACGACGCGUUUACUAUCUUAGAAUAGCGUGUCUAACGUCCGGGGUCAGAGGCUGUACUCUGCCGUAUCAAUGGGCCCCGUAUAUUUAUGCAUGAUAGCAGCCCCUCUGUAGACAUUCGCACCUAAGACCCUGCGUCAUAGACUCCUGACCAAUAGGUACUGGACACACACAUACGUAGGUCCCGCUGGCCUACGCCCACUCAUCGCAUCAUAGACAGACAAUAUGCUAUUGAAAAGUAAAGUUAAUACAAAUACACUAUAUUAGAUGAAAAUCACUAGAAUAUCUGUAAAUAGUAUCAUGAUAUCGCAUAUUAUAUUGUCAAAUUUGAACCACAGUCCGUAUCUUCACUAUGAUAGUUCUACCAUAGGUGGAACCCUCCUUUUAACCCUAAUAUAAAUAUACCUAUAAAUAUUUAUAUAUAUCUAUCAUAUGCCAUAUACGGAUGAUUACGAGCAUGUUAUCGGUACCCCCAGCACUAUAUAUAAAUGUAUCUGCCGGUUUCGUAAAAUAGUAGGGUACACUGUAAAAAAUAGUUGUGCCCAUUAGUCAUGAUAACUUCAAAUUCAUUGUCAGUAUGACUACAAAUUAUUGAAACAGUUGGGAUAACUCAGAAUUUUGUGUUUAUGUCUUCUCAACUAGUGAAAAGUUUUCAAACUAAGAAACAUGAUUCAAUUGAAAUUAAGAAUGUCAGUCAAAAGGAUGUACGGAUAAUCGCUUCUGUCAUUGGCUGCCUACGUCAGCCAAUGACAGUCCAAAAAAAACGUUGACAGGCAAAAAACCUUUCUGCUGCCGCUCAUUUUCAACAUAUCGAAGUCGGUUCGGUAGUUUGGAUUACCCUGCUAGAAUCAGAGAUCUCUAAAAUAGAUAGUUUAUUUGAAAAUAAAAGAGAGAAAACUAUUUUUUAAAGCCUUUUCUGGAUAUCUCUGAUAUAGUGAAACUUCAGUGUAACUGCGUGUCCCCGCCACUCUAUCUCCAGCGCUGCGCGAGGCCGAGCUGAUGGCCGAGCAGUGCACCGGGCAGAUGAGCUCAAUGUGACGGAGAAACCCACAGCCGGAGAAACCCACAACCAACAGAGACACUCUCCUUUCUCCUCAGGAAGAAACUGGUGCCUGCUCCACAGUUUGUCAUCACGGUGGGUUGAGUUAAUUAAAUGUGUUUUGCCUUGUCUUUUGCUAACUUGGUAAGUUAGCUACUGCUAACUUAGCCGUAGCUAACGUAGCUCGUGGUAACAGCUAGCUAGUUUCAGCCCAGCUCGGAUGGAUAGGUUUUUCAGGGGUAUGUCAUGAUGACCAUGAGACUCUAGGUCUCACGUCCAAUUUCUCACAAAAUUAGUAAGUAGUUAAUAAAAAACUAAAACACAUUCAUAACUGACAAUGUCUCGGCGCGAAAAAGAGGGGUCAUCCCUAUGUUCCCCGGGCCCUAUUUUCCCGGUUUUCCCAAAAAGGAUCCUAUGUUCCCCUGUAGCCAUACAUACCGGGGAGCAUAGGACCCUUUUUGGGAAAAGCGGGGAACAUAGGACCCUUUUCUGGGAAAAGGUUCUCCGACGUCUCUCCCUCUUCCACAAAAGGUGAAGACAUGCAAUGGUAGUUAUCUCGGCCGGAAUUUGGCAGUAAUGGUGGAAAAAGUAACAGCCCGGGGAACAUAGAACCCUUUUUUUAAAAAAGGGUCCUAUGUUCCCCAGUCUCAUACAAAGAGGGGAACAUAGACACGCUCCCGAAGGAGCCACGCAUGCGCACAGACAGAGCGGCGCACAGCGCUUUCUCUACUGUGCUGUUACUUUAUUCAGAGAAAAGAGAAAUAUUAAAUUAAAUUAAAUUGUAUUUGUGUAGCCCUUAAUCACCUGUUUCUGAUAAAUCGCUGUCUAAUCAAUACUUCAUUCACUGCCUCUUCCGUGGUCAUUACAAUAUUAUGAAUAGACUGCAGUCGAGUUCUCCGACGUCUCCCCCUCAUGGCCUGCCCAUAACAGGUUCGAAUAUUAAGGGCUGCCUAAUGUUCGUUCGAAUUUUGAUUUAUUUUUUGAUAUUUGAAUUAUAUUCGAAUAACGAAGUUCGGAGUCAAAGCCCAACACAGGAGUGACAGUGAGUUACUGUACUUGAGAGGACGCUUGUGUCUCUGUCACACUGAAACUUUCUCAUGAUUGGAAAGAAACAUUAAGUUCUAUUGAAGUAGUAGCCUUAAAAAUUGAAAACAAUUACCCUACUCUAAUUUCAGUGUGAUGAGGAUUGUAAUGGAAUGUUGACACACACAAACUGUAAUUUCACCAUAUUAAUUUGCAUUGUUGCCCGUAUUAACUGUUUGUAAAUUGAUUGUGUUGCAAUUGUAGGGUGUAUUGUAACUCUUGCCAUUAUACUGACAUGACAUUUUAUCUUUUAGGUCCUGGUCUGAUAUGCUCUAUUUCGCCUCCUCUUGAUCAAUGAGAUGGAUAUGUAAGUUUUGCACGUACGUCACAAGAAAUCGUUGAAGAAUCCUUGAACACUACAGAUCCAGUCAUGGUCACUAUGGAAGAAGACUAGCUCUCCCCUGCAUUUACAGCGAUUGUGUGUGCUAUUUCCCAUCACAAAAGGCAAACACAUGUGAGGCAACAUGGAUUUAGUAGCAGUGAACCGGUGAACUUCAGAAUUAGAUGCCAUUUAUGUGACUUUGAAGAACCUGCAGACGUUAAACUAUACUUUCGUCAUCUUGGAACACAUUUGAGAAAUAAGGAAACUGUAAUUUGCCCUUUUAAUAGUUGUGCUUUUAAAUCAAGCGUUAACUCCAGUUUUCCAUCACACAAAAGUCGAUAUCACAACUCCAACUCUUUGCAAGAUUUCAAGGCAGAGCUUCUUCUUGGCCCACCAACAGAACACGCUGAAGAUAACACUCACUUGGCAGAUGAAAAUUGUGUUGACGUCCAGUCAGAUGAUAACGAAUAUUCUGACAAUGAACGUGGCAAUGACAUAGGUGAAAAAAUUAAGGGAAGACUUGCAUCUUUGCUUCUGCGCAUGCAAGCAAUCUUGCAUGUAUCCAAGUCUGCUACACAGGAAAUAAUUAAUGAACUUGAUGAAAUUGGUGUUUUAGCUGGUGAACUUUCAAAAAACACUGUUGAAGCAGUUCUUGAAGAGCAUAACUUAACUAUAGAUGAUGCCACACUGAAGUUAGUGACUGAGACCCUCCAGAAAACCAACCCUCUUAGCUGUCUUUCAGAAAGUGGUCCUCUGAGAACUGAAUACAAAAGGCAGGCCUUUUACAAGGAACAUUUUGAUGUAAUUGAGCCAAUUGAAUAUGUUUUAGAUGGUUUGCACAAGAAAACGUUUGUAUAUGUUCCCAUUUCAACCCUGUUACCAAAAUUAUUGAACAGGGGUGAUGUAAUUGACAAAAUCCUUGAACAGUCAAAUGUAACAUCUCAGUCUGGCCAGUACAACUCAUUUCGUGAUGGGCUAUACUUCAAAGAGAAUACACUGCUUCUAGGGGAAGAUGUAUGUAUUUCUCUAGGAUUGUAUAUUGAUGAAUUUGAAGUAUGCAACCCUUUGGGAACUUCAAGGAAGAAACAUAAAGUUACUGCAAUUUAUUGGGUAUUUGCAGAUUUGCCUGUCAAAUACAGAUCAGCCCUAUCCAAUAUAUACCUUGCAGUACUGUGCAAUAGUAAUGAUGUGAAGACUUUUGGUUAUGGACCAAUUUUUGAACCACUUCUUAGAGAUCUUUUUGUACUUGAAAACCAGGGAUUUUACAUUGAUAGGUUGGGUACUUGUAUAAAAGGCACAGUCCUGUAUGUGUCAUCAGACAAUUUAGGAGCUCAUUCUUUGGCUGGGUUUCAAGAGUCAUUUCGUGUUAAUACAUUUUGUAGAUUCUGCUUAGCUAGCUAUGAUGCCAUUCAGACUGUUUCUGUAAGGGAUGGUUUGUUUCCACUGAGAACAAAAAUAUUGCACACUGAAGCUGUUCAAACAGUGAAAGAGAAUGAGGGUCUUGUUGUUGAUGGAGUGAAAAGGGAUUGUGUUCUGAACAAACUAAACUACUUUCACUGUGUAACAGGUUUUCCACCAGACUUCUUGCAUGACUUAUUUGAAGGAAUAGUACCUGUGGAGUUGUGUUUGUGUUUAAAGACAUUGAUUGCCAAGAAGUACUUUACCUUAGAAGAACUGAAUACUGCCAUUCAGCAUUUUCCGUAUACAUUCUCCGAUAAGGCAAAUAGGCCACAGGCAAUUCCCAAGGCCUUUAGAUUAAGAGGAACUGUUGGUGGGAAUGGCCAUGAAAAUUGGGCACUUUUGAGGCUGCUACCCUUGCUUAUUGGCAAUAAAAUACCAGAGAAUGACACAACUUGGGGUAUCAUCUUAGAUAUUAAAGACAUUGUGGAAAUUCUAGCAUCCCCCAUAUUCACAGAGGAAAAUCUGUUUUAUCUUGAAGCCAGAAUCUGUGAACACCGCCAACUCCUACAGGAGGUUUUUCCUGAGUUUAAGCUUAAACCAAAACAUCAUUUUUUAGAGCAUUAUCCCCAUCUGAUUCGUUGUUUUGGGCCUUUGCUUGACUUUUGGACAAUUAGAUUUGAGGCCAAGCAUAGCUUUUUUAAGAAAGUUGUUCGAGAUGUUAAUAACUUAAAAAAUAUGCUGCUAACCUUAGCCUCCAGGCAUCAGCUCAUGUUGGCAUAUUACAUGGGCAUGCCUAACCUGUUCAAACCAGCACUGGAAUUGAGGAAAAUAUCAACCGUCUCUCCUGACAUUUUGGACCCCUCUGUCAAAGACACUAUCAAGAGGAAAUUCAGAAAUGUGACUGCUGUUUCUCUUGCAAAAACUGCCUUCUUACAUGGAACUCAGUACACACAAGGAAUGUUUUUAUCAACUGGAAGCACAAGUGGACUUCCGGAUUUUGGGAAAAUUCUGAAUGUGUUAAUUGUUGAAGAUAAGCCCUGUUUUGUUGUGGAACCAUACACAGCUUGGUACACUGAGCACUUGAGAUGUUAUGAGGUUUGCAAAAAUCCCUCUGCAAAACUUGUUGUUCAACCAGAGGAGCACAAUCACUACUUCCCCCUGUCAGGAUAUAUGGUUCAAGACAGACUUCUGAUUUCUCCUAAAGCCUUUCUGCUGCAUUGAGCUUCACAGCAGAGCACUGAAGAUCUGCCAUUGUGGUUAGUUGUCCAGCUGGGGGAGCUUGAAGAUAACUUCCUGUUGGCUUGAAUGAAGUGAGAUCCACUUCUGUACCCUAAAACACUUUGGUAUUGCACCACAACAGGUAUUUAUAAGUAAUUCAAAUGCUGUAUCUUAAAUCUCAAAUGCGGCAACUAUUGAAAUGAAUACUUAUUUUAUUAUUCCAGUGUGUAACAUGCUGCUGCGUAUCAUUCUCAGUAAAGAUGACAUUCGGAAGAUCCAGAUUGAGAGUUUGCCAGAGACUCUUGAUGAGUUUUAUUCAUUCUUAGAAAGUAAGCUUGGGUUGGAAGGUGACUUUGUGGUCCAAUAUGAAGACAGAGAGUUUGACAAUGAGCUCUGCAACCUGAUGAGCUUGUCUGAUCUUCCUGAGGGGAAGGCAACACUGAAGAUAACUGUCAAGCAGGCCAGUGAGUCAUUUCACACUGAUUCAACAUUGGAUACGGCAAGUUUGUCUUCAUCCGCUUCUUCUUUGUCUUCACCGGCUUCCGAGGGCAUCUCCCCCCGCCAUCGGCCGUGGCCUGAUGCAUUUGAGAUUCCUAGAUUUUGUUAUGAUGUUGAGUUGCAGCUUAAAAGGGGUAAUGAAGCCUACCAAGAGAAUGGAACCUUGCUUAAUAUAAGAAAAGACACUAAAUCUGAGAUACUUGACAAAUUAGCAGAAGCAAUGUACUCAUACACUGCCUACCCAUCACGAGAAGAAUAUGACAUUGUUGCGCAAAGUCUCAUCAAAAAAACAUCCUUGCCUGAGGGAGCCUGGGUCUGCCAAGGGUUGGUACUGCUGGAAAUUCAGCUUAAAAUUCAAAAUGGGAAACUACAGGAACAAGCUUCGUGCGGCAGGAUGCUCUGAACUUCAGGUAAAUCGCCGCUCCUCAGGACCAAAACAGAAGACCAAGAAAGCUAAAAAAGCUGAAGUCAAUUUUCUUCCUGACUUCCCUGAAGGACGAACCCAAAAUGUUCUGGAAGAAGAGAGAUUAGCCAUUAUUGAAGAGAUGAAGAAGAAGAAAGCUGAUAUGAAGAAAGUCAACGAAUUCAUGGUCAGCACCUUCUCCCUGCGACAAAAGCAAAUUGUAGAAGAGCCACCUGUGGCAGAGGUGAAGACCAAGUGGCCAGCUUUGUUCACAGAGCAACAGGUAAGACAACAUUAUAAACAUAAAUAAGUUGUUUAAAGAAUUAUUACAAAAAUUAUGUAGAAAAAAAAUAUUAAUUCCCACUUAAUAGGAAGAAAAAAGUUAAGCCAUUUGCUCUUGCGAAGGAGAACUGCAGUCUGGGAGAUGAGCUACACAAAAUACCAUUAUUUCCUAAGGCUGUGGGGAGGUUUACCUUUCUGUAUGUAUCGAGCUGAAAAAAGUUUUGUCUUCUGCUUUUAUUUCUAUUUUUUCCAAUAGAUCAAAGCUGAAUUCACUCGAAUCACUUCAGCUGACUUGAGAGGGUCCUUCUUUUCCGGGCUGGGACAGCAUUUGCCACGAAUACUUCAGCUCUACAGGGCCAGCAGCUUUCCAGAGCUGAAAAAGGUCCUAAGCAUGCUUGAGGAGGAUUGAGGUGUCCUCAUGGCUACAUCUACUUGACUUCCAACCAAAGAAAAGAGGAUGUCAUUCUGAGGGGCCUGCCGUAUUUCCUCCGUGAAGAUCCUUCAAAGUUCAUCAGGACUGCAGAGGUAAGCUUUGUUAUUGUUACUGAAUGAAUUGAUGAAACUGUUGCUGGCUGUAAAUGUUUUAAUGCCUGUGGAAAACUGUCCCCGUUUUAUUCACCCAAUCUUUUUGGUUACAAUAUAUGGCAUGCCGUUUAGGAAAUUUACUUUGAAUAUAUUGAAUGAAUGUUUGAAUAUAUUGAAUGAAAACGGACUCACUGGUGCCAUCUUUCGUAUGGGCCUAUCUGCUUCUACCUGAAGUGUUAUUUCAACCAACAUCUCCUUCAAGAAUGAUGCAUAAUGUUCUUUCAGCAAUGUUUUGUUGAACAUGAUUACUCAUAAGAGGGUCUCCUGGCUGGGGGCUUUGUAGCGGUGGUUGAGGCAGGUCAGUAGUCUGAUGGCGUGCGGGUAGAAGCUGUCUCUGAACCUGCUGGUCCUGGUUUGGAUGCUCCUAACCCACCUGCCUGACGGCAGGAGCGUGAACAGACUGCGGCUGGGAUGGCCUGAGCCAGAGAGGACGCGCCAUGCCCUCCCCCCGCAGCACUGGCUGUACAGGUCCCGAACGGCCGGCAGCCCACUCCCGACGACCCGUCCCCGAUCACUCUCUGCAGAGCUCCGUGCCCGAGGACAGCACAGCCGCCGCACCAGGCUGCGAAGCCCCCAGCCGGGACACCCUCUUAUGAGUAAUCAUGUUCGCUAACCCUAACCCUAACAAAACAUUGCUGAAAGAACAUUAUGCAUCAUUCUUGAAGGAGAGAUGUUGGUCGAAAUUUCACUUCAGGUAGAAGCUGCCCAUACGAAAGAUGGCGCCAGUGCCUUCAUGACGUCAGUUUUCAUUCAAUAUAUUCAAACAUUCGUUCCAGAUAUAUUUAAUUUCCUAAACAGCAUGCCAUAAUGCCAAACCUGUUCUUCUUUCUCAUAGACAGUUAGACAAAUACUGAAGAAUACAAAAAAAAACGUAAUGCUCAAAUAUAUCUUCCUUUCUUUGUGAAGCCCACAGACAUGGAGGACAGCAUGACUAGGGGAAUGAAUGUUGGCAUUGUCGUAGUCAAACAAGGAGAGGAUCUUCUUGACAUAUCGGUGGUCCUAGAGGAACAGAUCAUUCUGCAUGGAAUCAAGGACUACUCACAUGCAGUAGUUAUGUUAAUGGGGCUGCUAUAUGCACUGAACAUUGACUACCCGAAGGAGCUGCAAUACACCUUCGAAGUCAUUCAGAAGGUUCUCAUGAACAUCGGCAGUGAGAACUGCUCUGCCAGGGUUCAUGGACUGAGGAAUAGACUUUUUCGUAAAACUGUGUAGACACUACACUGAGACUGAGAGUUUUCUUUUGAGUUCUGUUACUACUAUUCUGUUACUAUCUGUUACUAGUUCAUUACUAUUGCAAUGGUCACUGACAUUCUCAGUUGCAAGAGUUUACAGAAGUAGACUGGGUUUGAGGUCUUUCCUGGAAAGACUUUUUGACCUGUUUGGUUCUGCAUCAUUUUAUUUUAUAUUUUUCUCAUGUUAUGACAGACGUAAUGAGUAGAGAACUAAUUUGUGUUAUUCUAAAUGUGUUAUUGUUCGUGUUAUUGUAAUAUUCUAAAUAGACACAUACACACACACGGCUCUCUCUAAUUUUUUUUGUAUACAUCCCAUAUCUGCUUCCUCUGGUCUCAUCUCCCAUAUUGCUAAUUAAUGUUUUAUUUUCUCUUUAAUAAAACAGUCACACACACACACACACCUCUGUUUAAAUAUUUCUCUCCCGCCUGCCUCACUUCCCCUCACUUCAUCUUGUCAUUGCCUGUCA